UAUGAAUAUGUCAAAUAAUAACGACAACGAAUAUAAUGAUAAUCCACUUUCACAAAUUCGCCCGCCACACCCUCCAACUCUACAUUCAAGAGAACUGUUACGAACCCAUUUAUUUAAAAGUUCAAAAAAUGCCAAAUCGGCGUACAUAGUUGCAUACUUAAAAGUGCUUAGCACACCCUCAGCAUCAGCUAUAGUUGCGACAUACAAGACAAAAAUUACUAUGGCAAGAAAUGCAUGGGAUCAAGAACCAAAUAAUGUUCGGCAGGCAUAUAAAAAGUUAGCUGAUGAGACUAGGUCGAUUAUGAGGCGGAGAAAUGCUGCAGAAACAACAAUGAAUCAGAGUUAA